UCUGCAUUGAGUAUUUAUAUCUCUGCAAUGCAUCAAUUCCUAUAUUCUUAAAUUUCAUUGGAAGUAGACUUUGCUUCAAUAGAUCUGCAAACAGUGAGUAAUAAAAGGGUGAAUAAUUAUGGACAAUGAUGAGCAUUUACUACACUUUAAAGGCUAUAAUUUUGAACGAUCCACUGUUGAUAUUGACUUACUAGAGAAUCUAGAGGAUUUUGAAAUUAGAGAUGAUGAUGUCUUCAUAGUUACAUACCCCAAAUCUGGUACUAUCUGGACUCAGCAGAUAUUAAGUUUGAUAUAUUUUGAGAAAUAUCGUAAGCAAACUGAAAAUAUGGAAACAACUGACUUAGCUCCCUUCCUAGAAUACAACUUACGCAAGGUGGACUACACCAAGAGACCAUCCCCUCGCAUUUUCUCUUCUCAUCUGCCAUAUUAUUUAGUACCAAAUGGUCUCAAGAACAAAAGAGCUAAAAUUGUUUACAUGUACAGAAACCCCAAGGAUGUUAUUACCUCAUAUUUUCAUUUUUCAAAUUUGGUGGUUUUACUCAGGGGAUAUGAAAAUAUGGAUGCUUUCAUGCAAAAUUUUCUAGAUGGAAAAGUUGUAGGAAGCAUUUGGUUUGAUCACGUCAGAGGCUGGUAUGAACACAGACAAAAAUUUAAUAUUCUGUUUUUGUCAUAUGAAGAGAUGAAGAAGGAUCUCAAAAGUGCUGUGCAAAAAGUCUGCGACUUCCUUGGGAAAGAACUCAGUGAAGAUGAUGUGGAUGCUGUUGUGAGACAAUCUACAUUUAAGAAUAUGAAAUCUGAUUCACGAGCAAAUUAUGAUAAUAAACUCAAAAAUGAAGUUGGGAUAAAAAGUGAUGGCCAUUUUCUACGCAAAGGUACCAUUGGUGAUUGGAAAAACUAUUUCACUGUGGCGCAAAGUGAAAGAUUUGACAUGAUAUUCCAAAGGAAGAUGAAAGACAUACCAUUGAAGUUCAUCUGGGACAUAAAUGAGGAGUAGAAUCAGUGCAAAAGAAUCAUGUAACAAUCUAUCAAAGAACUCAUUUUAGAUAUUUUUAAAAUUGUGCUUCCCAUAAAAAUAAGACGUAAAAGUUGAUUACUAAAAAUGAAUAUUCACUUCAUGAAUAUGCUGCCUGUCUGAUUUAUAGUGAAACUUUAAAAAUGUAAAGUACUUGGAAGAUUCUGCGUAUAAUUAUCUUGUACAAUAAAGAGGUGUGGGAAACUUUUA